AUAAGAAUUUCCGGAGAAAUCAGUUUGGCCAAAACAGCGCGUAUUGACGCAAAGAAAAUCAAAAGUCGGAAGAAAAUAAGAGCAAGAAGAAACGUUGUUUUCUGGGUUUUGGGCCGUAGUUUGAUAUGGCUGCCACUCUCCGGAAACUUGCAGUAUUCAUGUCGGGCAUGUGGAUCUGCCUCCUGCUCCUCAACCCCUUUCCACAAAUCGGGGCAGUGGUUGGGCACAGAGAGCCGUUGCCUGACGACAGUAGUGACAACAUUACCAUUUUCACCCGGAUCCUGGACAGACUGCUGGAUGGCUACGACAACCGCCUGCGCCCUGGGCUGGGAGCAGAGAGUGUGACGGAGGUGAGGACAAAUAUCUACGUGACCAGCUUUGGACCGGUGUCAGACACAGACAUGGAGUACACCAUCGAUGUGUUCUUCCGUCAGAGUUGGAGGGAUGAGAGGCUGAAGUUCGACGGGCCCAUGCAGGUCUUGCCUCUUAACAACCUCCUAGCCAGUAAGAUCUGGACUCCAGACACCUUCUUCCACAACGGGAAAAAAUCUGUGGCCCACAACAUGACCACGCCCAACAAACUGCUACGACUGGUGGACAACGGUACCCUGCUCUACACCAUGAGGCUGACCAUCCACGCUGAGUGUCCCAUGCACUUGGAGGAUUUUCCCAUGGAUACACACGCCUGUCCUCUGAAGUUUGGAAGCUAUGCGUAUACCAACAAUGAGGUUGUCUAUAUCUGGACCAAAGAAGAUGAGGAAUCUGUAGUCGUAGCAAAGGAUGGUUCAAGGCUAAACCAGUAUGACCUACUGGGCCACGAUAUUGGGAAAGAAUCCAUGAGUUCCAGCACAGGAGAAUAUGUAGUGAUGACAACGUAUUUCCAUUUGAAAAGGAAAAUUGGCUAUUUUGUGAUUCAAACCUACCUCCCGUGCAUCAUGACUGUCAUCCUGUCUCAGGUCUCCUUCUGGCUAAACAGAGAGUCAGUUCCCGCCCGCACUGUAUUCGGGGUCACCACAGUUCUAACCAUGACAACCCUGAGUAUCAGUGCCAGGAACUCCCUGCCUAAGGUGGCCUAUGCUACAGCUAUGGACUGGUUCAUGGCAGUAUGCUAUGCCUUUGUCUUCUCCGCCCUGAUAGAGUUUGCCACAGUUAACUACUUCACCAAGCGCAGCUGGGCAUGGGACGGCAAGAAGGAGGCCCAGGAGAUGAGGAGAAGAGAAUCUGCCUCUCUUUCCAAAAAGGCCAAUAACACAUUCAACAUUGUUGGAACUACCUACACCAUCAAUGUGGUAAAGGACCCAGGUUUAACCACAGUCUCCAGGAGUGCCACCACAGCUACACACCACCACCACCACCACAGCCACAAGGUCCCUAAAAUGGACGACUCAUAUGUGGAAGCCAUAAAGUCCUACAACCGCGUCAGCAAAGUGGACAAGAUAUCACGCAUCAUCUUCCCUGUGCUGUUCUUCAUCUUCAACCUGGUCUACUGGGCCACGUACAUCAACAGCAAGCCGCGCGCCAUCCCCUCCCCCAGGUCCACCUCCCAGAAUUAAACUCACCAGGACAACCUAUUAGGCUGAGAUUGCAAGAGGCCAAGAGAUCCACCACAUGUUAUUGUAUCAUUGUUUUUUACUUAAUUUUGAUAUUUGCAAGUCUCAAUAGAUCGAAGAUAAACAUUCUCUUAGAUUUGUAUGUACAUAGUCGAACUAUAAAUGAUCAUUUGUUGUUUCCUGAUUAUAUGUUUCUUUGAUAGAAUAGCCGGAUGGUGUUUUGGACAUGUUUUCUCUUCACUCUGACAUGAUAAGGGGGAGCAUGUGUUUGAAUCCUUCAUGUUAGCUCAUUACAGAGGAUCAGGUCCUGGUGCAUCACCGUGUGUAAACACACACACAGACACACACACUCACACCAUUCACUCUGAAUUGCGUCAGAAUGCAGCAAGGAGAACCAUUGGCUGAUUGUCGCUAUAGUGGGCUCUUAUAGCCAGGGGCAGCCUGUAGAGUUCCAUUGGAACAUCAUUAAUAAUCCUCAGUGUCUGCCCUUCUGCUAGCGCUGAAUCUCAACAGACCCAACGCAAUAUCAUCUGAAAUUGCUUUUGUGUCCUAUGGGCCUGCCUGUGCAUUUUCCAGUCCAGUGACUCUUAUUGUUUUAACAGGCUGAGUAUGCUCAAAGAGAAAUAAGCAAUGUGCCUUUUUGAAUACCCACAUCUUUAAGAUAAAGCUUUUGGCGCAUGCAAACACACACACACACACAUAUACACAAGCACACCGGUGUCCAUAUGUUUUGGGCCUGUGUGCGGCGGCUCCCCCUUCUCUCCCUCCACCUACAGCCCAUGGUCACUGGUGGACAUAGUCAGCGAGGGUGAAAUCUCUAAAGCAUCUCAUGCUGAAGGCCCUGUGUAAGGUAGAGGAGAAGCUGCAGUAAAUAGUGGGUCAGUACCACUGGAUGAAAUGUAAUAAUAAUGUGAAUGAUGCAGCAUUAUCAAAUAUUCUCUAUGUACAUUCUCAUCUAUUGGCUUACAGUGGUCAGCCUCAGUGAGCCACACAGCUGUCAUAGUAUUCUGACAUCAUUACCUCAGAUUGAAGUCUAAUAUAGAUAACAGUUCAUUUGUAUAGUAACACAAUCAUUGGUUAAUUUAUUCAACCAUGUUCUAUCUAUAGUAAAAAAUUCUUGACUUUUCAGUUAAUGGACGUUUUCUGAUGAAGGCUUUGACCCUUGUGCCUGUUCGUGUUGUUUCUUUUCUCCAUGGGAUUAUGAUACAAAUUUGAGGCCCCAUUUAGAAAAGACAACUUCUUUUUUUAAGAUGCUCGUUUCCAUGUUGUCAUUCCCAUUCUAUAGAUUUGUUUUUUUGUGUGUGUACAGGGA